UUUGGGUUUAUUUGGUUGAAUUAGCCUUUUGUAAAUAUUGUGAACCAGUGAACAGUGAAAAAAUAAAUAAAAUGAAAAUUCUGUUGCUCUUCCGUUGGUAAAACAUUCUCACCAAAGAACAACAACAAUUUGCAAAUAUCUGGUUUUUGUGAAUGGUAUGUGCGUGUAUAUAUCAUCUAUGUUUGUGUGAUAAAAAACAGGCAUAGAAUUCAAACGAAAUUGUAAAAUCCAUUUUAUCAUCAUCAUCAUCAUUGCAAUUUUUUUCUCGAUUGAAUAUUCUAGUGUUUUUCUUUUCUUGUGGCCAUUACCACAUAUUUAUUUACUGUUGCUUUGGUGAAAUAAUAAAAACAUUCAACUUUUUUUUUUCUUGUUAUUCCAUUCAAAUUAUUCAUUCACUCAUCAUCAUCACUGUUUAAAGUAUAACAAUGGAAAAAAUCUUUAAAAUAUUCUACAUUACUUUUUGUUCAUGUGUUCAUCAUCAUCAUCACUAAUUGUUGCUAUUUGUUCAUCUAUAAUGAAUAGAUAUAUUAAUCAUGCCUGCCAACCAUUCUGAAACAAUCAAUAAUAAUAAUAAUAACAAAAUGGCUACAACAACAAUUUCUACAACGAACAUCAUCCAAAUGACUGUGAACGAUAAUGAUUACAAUAGUCAUUUUGAGGGCAAUCUGUUAGAUAUAAGUGCCGAUCCUGAAGCAUAUUAUCGUGUUGUAUUGUUUGGUUAUAUAACACCAAUAUUUUUUCUAAUAACAUUGGCCGCAAAUAUAUUGAUCGUUCUAGUAUUAUCACGACCAACAAUGCGUUCACCAACAAAUCUUGUAUUAUUAUCGAUGGCUGUUGCUGAUCUAUUAACAUUAAUAUUUCCUGUACCAUGGUAUUUUUAUAUGUAUACAUUGGGUUAUUAUAAAUUUCUACUAUAUCCAGCAUUAUCAUGUAAUCUUUAUCAUGUAAUGAGUGAAAUUCUACCAACAUUCUUCCAUACAGCAUCAAUUUGGUGUACAUUAUUAUUAGCCUGCCAGAGAUAUGUUUACAUAUGCCACCCAACAUUGGCCAAAGUUUGGUGUACAAAUCAACGCGUCACACGUACCAUAUUGGCCAUAUUUUUAUUGGCAUCCGUCCAUCAGCUGUUGCGUUUUUUUGAAGGCCAUUGGAUUGAUGCUAUAGUUAUGAUAUCAUCGUCGUCUCAACCGCCGCCGCCGUCGUCGUCGUCGCCGCCAUCAUCACUAUCAUCAUCAUCUCAUAAAUCGAUUUUCAAUGAUGGUGAUGUAGGAAUAAUGCCAACAAUAAUGGACGAUAAUUCUAUUAUAAUGAAUACAAACAAUGAAUCAAUGAUAAACAAUGAACCACAAAAAGCAUGCCGUCAAGUGAUAGCAAAAUGGACGACAUCUAUAGAGAAUUUAUAUUUUGGAACAUAUUUUGUUUUUCGUAUCGUUUUUGUUCAUAUUGGACCUUGUUUUCUAUUAGUAAUAUUCAAUGUUCUAUUAUAUAAUGCAUUAAAACGUGCCGAAAAAACAAGAAAUAAACUACUUAAUAAACAACAAUCUACUGAACAACGAAAUGGCUCAUCUGGUUGGAAUAAACAACAACAACAACAACAACAAUCUGAUGACCAUCAACAACAACGAAAAGCUAAUCGUGGACGUGAUGCUAAUUCAACUACUGUUAUGUUGAUUGUAGUUGUAACUGUAUUUUUGAUUGUUGAAAUACCAUUGGCUGUUGCAACUGCUAUACAUGUUACAGAGAAUAUGUUUACCGUUGAUAUUGUAUCCGAUCGUUUUCUUUCAAUGACAAUUAUAUUCUCCAAUUUUUUCAUUAUUAUAUCAUACCCUUUAAAUUUCGCUAUCUAUUGUGGAAUGUCUCGAGCAUUUCGUGAAACAUUUCAGCAAAUGUUUCUAAAGAAUUUAUUUACAAUUCGUUUAACGGCUAGAUCAUCAUCAUUGAAUCCUUUCAUUUCAACAGCUACAACUACGUCAACAACAACAAACACCACAACAACAACAACAACAUUAUCCUCAUCAAACACAGCAACGGCAACAACAUUAACAAGGAUGAAAAAUAUUUCAUCAGCAUCAUCGAAAGGCCAUUAUUAACAAUACGAUAGCCUUACAAUCAAAACCAUCAACAAUUUCCAGGAUAGAUGGAUCAAAAAAAUCCAAUAUGAACAUUAUUUCAUUAUCAACAACAAAAACGAAUCCAAAUAAUAAUAAUAGUAACAAUGAUAGUGAAAGCCAGACAACAUUAAAAUCAUACCCAUAUAAUGAUAAUUCAAAUCGAAUUAAUAGUAAUAAUGACAAUAAUAGUUUUACCAAUAACAACAGCAAAAACAA